AUAAUAAUGUGCUUUAAAUCUCAUGUGACAUAUUUUUUAAUCAAUGUGGUAGGGAAAUGUGUGUCAGAUUAGUUGGGUAAUCAUUUGGCCGUGUGUACUUUCUCAAAAUCUAAGUUUUUAUUUUUAAUUUAACGAAUAUCCUAUUGUGGAAGGAUGUCGAAGGGAACGGGUCCUCUGUCAAAACUGUAUAAUGCCGCAGUCGCUGUAGGCGAUAAAGUAAUGCCGCAAGCAGUGCAGCCCCUUUGGCAAUCACCUGCAGGGCCCAAGACUGUGUUUUUUUGGGCGCCCCUCUUUAAAUGGACAUUGGUACUAGCCGGAUUGGGCGAUACAAUUAAUCGUCCAGCGCACUUGAUCUCCAUAAAUCAAUGCGGUAUUUUAGCCCUGACUGGACUGAUUUGGUCAAGAUGGUCCGUUGUCAUUACACCCAAAAAUUAUAGCCUUUUGGCGGUCAAUUUGGCAGUGGCUGCUAUUCAGUCCUUUUUGAUCGCCAAACACCUGAAGUGGCGCAGCGAUAAUGCCAAAAAUACGGUGUUUAAGUUUCCUUACCUUCCCCACGAUCCGGAUGACGACUGCUAGCUUCUACAUCUUGACUUUGAUUUAUCUAUUUACCUUUAUAGCCCAACUAAUAUAAUUAAAAAAAAUA